CUGCUUCUUGAAGGGAAAUAUCAGCCGCCCAUUGUCAGUGAGGAAUUUAUGGAGACAUCGCUUCCUGUACACAAUGCAGUUGAUGAUAUUACCACCAUGGAGCACCACAGUCUCUGUACAGGUGAUGCCGUCAACAAAAAGACCUAUCGAUCACAAAUUGAAAUCAUCCCGUGUAAAAUCUGUGGAGAUAAAUCGUCAGGAAUCCAUUAUGGAGUCAUCACUUGUGAAGGCUGCAAGGGGUUCUUUAGAAGAAGUCAGCAGAACAGCGUCUCGUACACCUGCUCCCGUCAGAAGAACUGUCCAAUCGAUCGCUCCAACCGCAACCGAUGCCAGCACUGCCGGCUGCACAAGUGCCUGGAGCUUGGCAUGUCCCGAGACGCUGUGAAGUUUGGCCGCAUGUCCAAGAAACAGCGAGACAACCUGCACGCUGAGGUUCAAAGGCAUCGCAUGGAACAGGAGAGGCAGCCAGGCAAGCCCGAGGCUCCAGAUUUGACCUACUGCCCCGGUCCUCAUGCACUAAGCCAGAGUAAGCUCACCCAGGACCCCUUCCCCAGUGGACAGGGCCCCGGCACUGGAGUGCCUGAGGUCAGAGCUCAUCCCUACUGCGCAGUAGAGGUACCACAGCCGCCACCACUGCCUCAGCCUGGCCUGCAGCUGGUGGAGGUGAAGCCAGCAGGAGGGACGGAUUUCCUGACCCGGUCUGGCUUCCCGCGACUCCAGGGUGGUGCACUGAGCUCAGAACUGGACCGUGUGAUCCAGAACGUGGUUAAGUCUCACCGGGAGACCUGCCAGUUUCUGCCCGAACAGCUGAACGCCCUUCGUUGGAAGGUUUUCUCACAGACGGAGAUCGAGAGCUACCAGAAGAAGUCCAUCGCGGAGAUGUGGCAGAAAUCAGCCCAUGCCAUCACUGGCGCAAUCCAGUAUGUGGUGGAGUUUGCCAAACGCAUCGACGGCUUCCUGGACCUUUGCCAGAAUGACCAGAUCGUGCUGCUGAAAGCAGGCUCACUGGAAGUGGUGCUGCUAAGGAUGUGUCGCGCAUUCAAUCCCGCCAACAACACCGUUUUCUUCGAGGGCAAGUUUGCUGGACCUGAGCUCUUCCACUCCCUGGGUUGCAAGGAUUUGAUCAACAUGAUAUUUGAGUUUUCCAAUGCGAUGUGCUCACUGCGUCUCUCCGAGCAGGAACUUGCCCUCUUCACUGCCACGGUGCUCAUAUCCACAGAUCGAAUGUGGCUUCAGGAGAAGUUCAAGGUGGAGAGACUCCAGAACAGCCUGCAGCUAGCUUUCAAGCACGUCCUGCAGAGAGAGCGCCGGGAACCCAUCCUCGCCAAGCUCCCCGCUAAAGUGCAGUGGCUGCAGAACUUGUGUGAGCGACACGGCGAGAGCCUGAGGAACUUCCGUCUGGCCCACCCCUUCAUCGCCAACUCCCUCUUCCCCCCACUCUACAAGGAGCUCUUCACCCCAGAGUCCGAACACUCAGUGCCCUUCAAUUUGUGAGUCCAGGCCUCGUCCCAAUUCCACAUCCUUGGGAGCUGGCAACGAGGGAGCGGGAGAGAAGAGGGCUGGUCAUACGGGGCAGAGGGUGGGGAGCCUAGUAGAGGAGACUGAGAAGGGUUGGGUUGACAGGAAAGGGUUGGAAUAG